CGCAUGGCUCUAGCGUGUCACUGCACCAGUGAAAACCUCAUAUAAGGUGCAUUAGGAUAGGCUUAACAUUUUUCAGGAAGGGGCAGGCUCUUCUUGCACAUCUGCAGCGAGACAGGUUGUGCCUCGGCAUCAGCUCGAGUCAAUUAUUGAUUGGCGCGUUCCCCGGUAUAUAAAGAAGUCGCAGCCCUCUCUCGCCUCCCUCCUCCUUAACGCCAUGAUGAGCUACGGAUCUGAUAUCUACUCUGCCUCCUCCUACAGGAAGAUAUUCGGGGACUCUCCCCGCUAUUCUUCCCCAUCCCGGAUCAUGAGCAGCAGCUCAUCGCGCAGCGGGUACCGGUCCCAAUCCGCCUCCCGCACUGGCGCAUCCUCCCUGACUUCCUACAAGAGGAACGCGCGUCCCAACUACUCGCUGAUGCCCAUUGAGAACUUUGAUCUGUCCCAAAGUUCCGUGCUCAACAAUGAGUUCAAAAUUAUCCGCACCAAUGAGAAGGAGCAGAUGCAGGGUCUCAAUGACCGCUUCGCGAUGUUCAUUGACAAAGUCCGCAACCUGGAGCAGCAGAACAAAGUCUUGGAGACGGAGCUGGUGACGCUGCGCCAGCGGCAGACCGAGCCGUCGCGCCUGGCGGAUCUGUACCAGCAGGAGAUCCGCGAGCUGCGCUCGCAAAUCGAGGAGCUCAAUGGAGAGAAGUCCCAGAUCAUGAUCGAGCGCGACAACAUCGAGGACGACCUGCAGAAACUCAGGGGCAAGUACGAGGAUGAGGUGCACGCCCGCGAGCAGGCGGAGGACACGCUCAAGGUGUUCAAGAAGGACGUGGACGACGCCACCAUGGUGCGUCUGGACCUGGAGAAGAAAGUGGAGUCCCUCCUGGACGAGAUCAACUUCCUCAGGAAAGUGCACGAGGAGGAGGUGGCCGAGCUGAUGAACAUGAUCCAGGCGGCGCAGGUGUCCGUUGAGAUGGAGGUGGCCAAGCCCGACCUCACCUCCGCUCUCAAGGAGAUUCGCGAGCAGUACGACUGCGUGGCGGCCAAGAACUUGCAGUCGGCCGAAGAGUGGUACAAAUCCAAGUUUGCCGACCUCAGCGAUCAGGCCACCCGCAGCAACGAGGCCAUCCGCGCCAGCCGCGAGGAGAUCAACGAGUUCCGCAGGCAGCUGCAGUCUAAGACCAUUGAGAUCGAGAGCAUGCGGGGAACCAACGAGUCUCUGGAAAGGCAAAUCCGUGAAAUGGAGGACAGGCACAAUUCCGAAAUCAUGGGCUACCAGGAUUCCAUUGGCCAGCUGGAGAAUGAGCUGAGGACCACUAAGAGUGAGAUGGCCCGUCACCUGAGGGAGUACCAAGACCUGCUGAAUGUCAAGAUGGCCCUGGAUAUUGAAAUUGCUGCAUACAGGAAACUGCUGGAAGGGGAGGAGACCCGCAUCAGCACGGGCAUUAACUUCCCCAUGCCUUCCUCCGGCGCGGGCAGCCAGAGCUACAGCUACCAGACCCGCAUGUAUACCAGCGGCGGCGGUGGCGGCUCCAGCUCCGGCAAGUCCAAGAAGGACAAGGACGAGGAGCAGCAGCAGCAGCAGCAGGGCCAGAGCAAGUCCAGCAGCAAGCGGGAGCUGUACGAGGAGACCGUCGUCUCCACCAAGAAGAUGGAGAAGCAAGACACCAGUGAUGUGAACAACGUCAGCCAGAAGAACUAAAACAACGACGACAACAAUAACAACAACAGACAGCAACUAUAAAAACACCCCGUCACCUUCUCUUUGUAUCUUCUCUUCUGCUCUUUCCUCUCUUUGCUCUGUCCUUUCCUCUCCUCCCCCUCCCUCUCACUGUCCCCUUUUUCCGUCCUCCCUUUUUCCUCAGGGGUUGUCUCAGAGAGGAAUCCAGUGUGUAGAAGUUCACUCUCCACUUACCAAGUAUGAUAGUGUCUCUCUCUCUCUUUCACUCUCUCUCUCUCUUUAUCUCUCUUUAUCUCUCUUUCACUCUCUCUCUCUCUUUAUCUCUCUUUAUCUCUCUUUCACUCUCUCUCUGCUAUAGUCUCUGAUAAAGGACGCCAGUCCAUCUAAGCAUUCUGCACUCUCCUGAACACCAAAGUCAGGAGGCACUUUGAGGUAAUAGGAACAUACAAUACAACACUCCUACAGUCUCUCUCACUCACAGGGACCCCAGCGGAACCCGAUGUCAAAUCUUAAGUGCACUGCCGACGGCCACGAUACGAUUAGUUCUCACACACAUUCCAGACGACACAACUCUGUAUUGUGCGUGUGCGAGAGUUAGGUGCGUUUGUGCGACACACAUGUGCCAGUGUGUGUGUGUGUGUGUGUAUGUGUCUUUCUUUGUGCGUCCCUGUGCACAGUGAUAUCCAGACACUCACUCGUUGUUACCGUACUCAGCUUGGUGAACAGUUUAGAGCCUUUUUUUGUCAGACACAAAGGAAGCAAGGUGAAAAAUUCAUGAACAGAAAACGCAGCUUAAAACUUGAAGUUGUUUCCGAGGUUAAGUGCAUGAACUAGUCUCCGUUGAGUUGUUUGUAGCACGUCGUCAUCGUCGGUAGUGAGUGCGCGGUUCUAGCUUGUGAACGUGACUCACCUGAGGUCAAGCCAGGUGGGUGUAGUCGACGAUCGCACCCUCAACGCACUUUCAAAUAAUAAAUGCCGCACAUCGCAGAUGAGGAACGGCCUUGCGGACACACUAGUCUCAUCACUGCCAGUCACAUCUGUCUCUUUGUCACGGUCCACUCCCCUAUUCAACGCGGUAGUACUUUUUCAAAGGCACUAAAAGGAACCACAUUGUUACCACACCGAAAAAAAGAUUCCUAAAUAAACAGAAAAACAGCAUCAAAAGACUAAUUCCUCUCCAAGAUUGCUCUUGGUGGCCAAUAAUGUGACCCCUCUCCUCCAUGCCCCUUCCUUUAGGAACUAGAUUAGUGCUAGCUAUACCAAUCCCAGCAUAGUUAUCAACUUUGCAUGAUGUAUAUUCCAUGUUUGCAUGGUGACUAUCACUGAGCCAUUCCAUACACUCUCUUUACCCCAGUUUAGGCCGAUAACCUACUAGGUUUCUCAUAGGCCCAUUCAUUUCAGUACGUGCUUGUAGCUAGCCUGCUAGGCUAGGAUAGGCUAGUCGCGAGAGUAAUAUUAAGGAUGUGACUGCUAGCCACUGGGUUUAAAUGUUGCCUUUUUUGUCACUAUGCUGCUGAGCACUUGUGUGAUCGUGUUGAAAGUACGCUUCAAAAUUCAGGGGCACCUAUUGUCGUCAGUGUGAACAUCACGCUGUGUGGGCUUUAUAGUCAAACAGGUGUUAAAGGUGUAGGCUAGGUGGCUGUUGCUAAGGAGGAGAGAAGUCAAGAUGGAAGGAGUGUGCGAACGAUGGAAAUGAUGCAGUCAGGUUGAGAGAGAGAGUCAAAAGCCAGAGAUGUCGAGAUCACACAAGCUGUUCCAGAUGAAGCUAAAAAUAAUGUGAAUGUCUGUUAGCACAAUGCAUGGGCUGCCAAUACAAAACUGAAUGAAUUUGUAAAAAAAAAGGAAAAUAAAAGACAGAAAUCGAGAAACGACAGCAAAAAUAAAAGCACCACAUCUUUGUGAAUUAGUUAGGGGCUAAAUGUGAUGUAGAACUGUAUGCACAAGCAAAAGUACAAGUCUUUGGGACGCCUGAAGCACACUUUGACAAAUCCGACCAUCCGAAGCUCCAGACAGUGUAAACAUGCCUUAGCACCAAGCUCUUUCAAGUCCCAAAUUAAGCCAAAAAGCAACAAACAUUUCACAGGCACCAGGCCAACCCCCCACGAGGAGUUAUGGGGGCACCACACCUCCCACCAAGUGUGUCAUGGUACCACACACACACUCAACAACACACACCUUAUACGUAGCAGCUUCUUUUUAUUACUUUUCCUUCUGUACUGCCAGAUUAACACACACACACACACACACACACACACACACACACACACACACACACACACACUCCAGCCUUUUUACACAGGUCCUGGCAACAUGCUGUGAUGCGCUGCACUCUUUUUACUGUAAACACUCGUUGAUUGUACUAAAGGAAAACUGAUCUGUUUGGUACGUGAGAAUGCAGUUUUUUUUUUGGUGUCAGCUGGCAAAGGCUAUAGUGAGCUACAGGUGCAUUUCCUCUGUGACACCUGAUGGAUGAGAUGUUUGGUGUGCUAGUUUGUUUGUUUGUUUGUUCGUUUGUCUCGGGCAGGAAUUUCAGGCAAAUCUGUUAGUUUGCCCUGGUAUUCCAUUUCAUCCCAAACUGGUUCACUCCAGAACAGUUAUUCUGGAUGUGCAGCCAAUCAGGAUGUAAAAGCAAAAUCGAGAGAUUUUGAUGCAACACCAUAUCAGCAAGAAAGAUCACUGGUCAAAGGUCCCAAUGGGAAGCUUUUUUUUUUUUUUUUUUUAAACUAAUUACGUUUAAAA